CAUUUUCAUGGGGCUUCGUAAAUAACAGGUUUAACUGUAUGACAUUAAAAGAAACGCUCUUAUUUGUUUUUCCGUAUGAUCGGAUACCAGGUUCUGCAGUCAUAGGCUGGAGUUUCUGCUCCUUUGUUCUCUGCUGAGUGACACACCAUUCUGGUCCUCUGUUUCUUUGUAACUAGAAUAGAAUAAUCAUUGUGGGGAGAAUGUGGGGGCAUUGAUCAGCGCGAGUAGGAGACAUUUAAAAGCAUAACAAGUCAGUGAAGGGCACUUUGCAAAUUCAUGCAAUUAUCAUCUUUAGUUGCGAUAACAUGUUAUUUUUGUCUCUCUCCUUGCCCGAUUUGGGAGAAAAUUGAUUAAAACCUUUAAGUGCUGCUUCAGACAUUAUUUUUGGUGUAGAACAAAAAUGAAAGGUGCUUAGGAAAUAGUUACAUAAUAAGAUUAGCCCAUUCUUUAAUCCCGGUGGAAGGAAUUCUUUGGGCAUUUUAGAGAGAUUUCUUAGAGCAAACAGGGAAAGCCUCAGGUGACAAGAGCAGUGACUCUACAAUGGUCUGAAUGUCUUUUGUUUUUACCCUGGCUCUGGAUCACAUUACUAUGUAAUUUACAUGUCUGAGUUAUUUGCAUAUUUACUUUUAAGAAUGCAGUUUUCAUUCACAAUUUCUGGGGGAAGAAUGUCCAGAAUUCAGAGGCUCUUGGCCGACUGAUCUCACUGAGUUUCUGGCAGGAUUUAAGGAGCUGCUCUCCUUCUUUUUCCAGGAGCUGGGAUGGUGCUUUUCUAGCCUCUUGGGGGAGUUUUUUUAGCCUGAAGGAGUGCUACUUUCUGCCAAAGAGCAAUAGCAGGUGAAAACUAUGCCCUUUCCCUGGUAGCUAAUGUCCUGACUGAUCAGUCAUCUCCACAAAACUGGGGGGAAGGGCCCAGGCUGCUCAUGUGGACUCACCCUUUGAACCCCAUCUAAUAGAAACGUGGGUGAGCCAGGAAGUGCUCCUUUAGGGUAGACAGUAUUGACCCACUGACUGGGUGAUCUUCAAGGCUCUUCCAGCUCAAAUACCACUUUGAGUUCUAGCACCUUGGUGUGCUUGGUUCCAGGUGCCCAAGUGGGCCACCCAGGGGUACCCAGGACUGCAAACCUGACCUCCAGAGUCACAGAGGAGGAGUAAGAGAGGAAACCAGUUGAAGGAGCAGGGAGGAAGGCAGCCUCCCAGUUGUUUCUGUGGUGAUAGAGCCUGAGUAGCUCCAUCCCCACGUUUGGCAUGUUCACGAGCCUGAGCCUCUGCCCUGGGCGUGAGGUCUGUGGCUUCCGUACCUGCUCGCUGCAAACAGCUCCCUGUGUUUACAGGCAGACUUGACCUAGUCCAAAGGCCGAGGCCGCCUGAGGAUUUGACACUAAUCUCGUUGGAUAUUUCUCAUACCUCCCUCAUGCCUCAUCUGGUGCUGUUCCUUUCUGGGCUGAAUAGGUUCUGUUUCUUCCUCGUUACAAGUUUCUGCCUGUGUGAAGUUAUAGACAGCUUCAGGACACAUUCCACUUUUGAGUGGCCGAAGCUACAAAAAGUUAAUAUUUGAAACAGUAGGAGAAGAAGAGCUACAGGCAGAAACCUGGAUUUGAUUUUUUAAAAAUAAAUAAAAAAUGGAAUUUCUGAGGAUCCACUAUUAACUUGAGUGAAAGAAGAAAAGCAAUAACUUUCCCUUAAAGGUGUUGUGAGGCUCUUGAGGGGGUAAACACUUCUCACCGAAGGAGUAUCUAGGAAGGCCUCAUUUGGACACAUUGGAUGCAAGGGUUGUGUGCCGGGUCUAGGUUUGGCAAAGUGGGCAGUUAAAGUGGAGAUGGGUAAUUAAAGUGAAGUAUUUAAAGUGAAGCAGGGGCAUAGGACGAACAGUUGUGUCAGAAGCGGCACGCAGUCCCCAUCCUCCCAACAGACUGUGCAGUCAGGUGGGGAGGGCAGAGGGCGCUCAGGGUGUUUGCUGACGGACUUGCUAAUUAAACACCAAAAGGCAAUAUUGUGUUGCCAGUAGUGAUGGCUGUGCCAACGUUAUCAUCUGCAAACUGGCUGCCAGGAGUAUCCUAAUUAAAAAUAAACAGCUCUGGAGGUGGGCGUGGGAGAGUGAGGACAGGGAUCCUGCCUGAGUUACUUAGGACAUCUGGGAUUGCUCCUAGGAAAGUCAUGCCCUGGUCACUUUUAAGCCACCUCCUUUUUCAAAGGAGUCUCUGUCUCAUAACAAGGUGGUGUGGUAUGUACAACUUGCCCUGCUUCGUUAAACCCCCUGGGUGUUGGGGUGACAAGCAAACAGAUAAAGCCACUAGGAGCAGAUUGCAUGGUGCAGUUCAGCCCCAAGAAGGAAAGGUUGCCUGGGGAGUUAAUGAUUUCUGCCGGGUCUCUAAAUCGAGGGGGAUAGCUAAAGCCCAAGGCCUUUUCUAAGUGGGGUUAGAAUUUCAUCAGAAAGCAAGUCUGGUCACAUGAGAAUUUCUGGCACCGUGUGCAUGGCAGGCUGGACACUAGCCUGCCAGAGUUGAGUGAGUGGAUCGUAUUGGCUUCGGCAGAGGGGAACGGCCCAGACUGGCCUGGGAGAAGGAGCCGACCAACCGCCCCGCCACGGACUGCCAGCCCCGGACUGCGCGCUGGAGCCGCACAGCUGCUGCUGCUCCGGUGAGGCUGGGGCUCCAACGCCCGAAGCCUCUUUUCUUUUAACCCUAAGGAAAGUGUGUGGUCCCUGGGACUGAAGAGUGAAAGAUGCCUAAGGAAUGCAAUGCUUUCCACGCUGUCUCGGCAGCUCUGUGCUGCUUCUAUCACCGCAAGUCUUUCAUUGGAGUCAAGUUCUCCAAGGAGAGGCACGUCAUGGACAGGACCCCUGAGAGGCUGAAGAAGGAGCUGGAGGAGGAGCUGCUGCUGAGCAGCGAGGACCUGCGCAGCCACGCCUGGUACCACGGCCGCAUCCCCCGACAGGUGUCCGAAAACCUCGUGCAGCGAGAUGGCGACUUUCUGGUCCGAGACUCUCUGUCCAGCCCCGGGAACUUUGUCCUGACCUGUCAGUGGAAGAACCUCGCUCAGCACUUCAAGAUCCACCGGACGGUUCUGCGGCUCAGCGAGGCCUACAGCCGCGUGCAGUACCAGUUCGAAAUGGAGAGCUUCGACUCCAUCCCCGGCCUGGUGCGCUGCUACGUGGGCAACCGCCGGCCCGUCUCCCAGCAGAGCGGCGCCAUCAUCUUCCAGCCCGUCAACAGGACGGUGCCCCUGCGGUGCCUGGAGGAGCGCUACGGCACCUCCCCGGGCCGGGCCCGGGAGGGCAGCCUCGCCGAGGGCAGGCCAGAUGUGACCAAGAGGCUGAGCUUCACCAUGGGCAGCGCCCAGGCCCGGGAGCAGAACUUGCCCCGGGGAAACCUCCUCAGAAAUAAAGAGAAGAGCGGGAGCCAGCCAGCCUGCCUGGAUCACAUGCAGGACCGCCGAGCCUUAUCCCUCAAAGCCCACCAGUCGGAAAGUUACCUGCCGAUCGGCUGUAAGCUGCCCUCUCAGUCCCCGGGCGUGGACGCGAGCCCCUGCCCUAGCUCGCCCGUGUUCAGGACGGGCAGCGAGCCCACUCUGAGCCCGGCGGUGGUUCGGAGGGUCUCCUCGGACGCCAGGCCGGGGGAGGCGCUGAGGGGAUCGGACAGCCAGCUGUGCCCGAAGCCUCCCCCGAAGCCCUGCAAGGUGCCCUUCCUCAAAGCCCCCUCGUCCCCGCCUGCCCGGCCCAACUCAGAGGCCAACUACUGUGAGCUGAACCCGGCCUUUGCCGCAGGCUGUGACCAGGGAGCAAGGCUGCCGCUGUGCGCCCGGGGCAGCCGUCCCGAACUGCUGACCGCCAAGCGGCAUGGGGCGCCAGGCCCCCGGAACUCUGGCAUCAACUACUCGAUCCUCGACGGCGAUGACGGGGCGAGACCGUGGGAACCUCCGGCGGCACAGGUGGACAAGGAGGACGAGGGCACGUUCGUGAAGCCCCUCCUGGAGACUGUGUCCUCGUUCAGGCCCAAUGACUUUGAGUCAAAGCUGCUUCCUGCCGAGAACAAGCCCCUGGAAACAGCAAUGCUGAAACGUGCAAAAGAACUGUUCACCAGCAGCGGCCCCAAGGUCAUUGCCCAGCACAUGCUGAGCGUGGACUGCAAGGUUGCUAGGAUACUUGAAGUCUCUGAAGAAACGAGGAGGAACAUGGGCGUGAGCUCGGGGCUGGAGCUCAUCACCCUGCCUCACGGACACCAGCUGCGUCUGGACAUCAUCGAAAGACACAACACGAUGGCCAUCGGCAUUGCAGUGGACGUCCUGGGCUGCACGGGCACUUUGGAGGAACGAGCGGCCACCCUCAACAGGAUCAUCCAGGUGGCCGUGGAACUAAAGGAUUCCAUGGGGGACCUCUAUUCUUUCUCAGCUGUCAUGAAAGCCCUGGAAAUGCCACAGAUCACAAGGUUAGAAAAAACGUGGACUGCCCUGCGACACCAGUACACCCAGACCGCCAUCCUCUACGAGAAACAGCUGAAGCCCUUCAGCAAACUCCUGCACGAAGGCAGGGAAUCCACAUGUGUUCCCCCAAGCAACAUAUCAGUCCCACUGCUGAUGCCCCUUGUGACCUUAAUGGAGCGCCAAGCUGUGACUUUUGAAGGAACUGACAUGUGGGAAAAAAAUGACCAAAGCUGUGAAAUCAUGCUGAACCAUUUGGCGACAGCCCGGUUCAUGGCGGAGGCUGCGGACAGCUACCGGGUGAAUGCCGAGAGGAACCUGGCAGGUUUUCAACCAGAUGAAGAAAUGAGUGAAAUCUUCAAGACUGAAUUUCAAAUGCGAUUGCUAUGGGGCAGCAAAGGUGCACAAGUCAAUCAGACAGAGAGAUAUGAGAAGUUCAACCAGAUUUUAACUGCACUCUCACGUAAACUGGAACCUCCUCCUGUAAAGCAGGCAGAGCUUUGAUGACUCUCCAGAGAAACUUAGGAUAUUAUUUCAAGCGCCUCCAGUUUCUUCUUUGGGAAACUUAUUUGAUAAAGUAAUAACGUGCAAACUGACAAUAUACAAGCUUUUAGUAUCCACAGGAUAUUAAACGUGUAAAUUGCACAGAGCACACUUAUUUAUGGAUUGUUUAAAAUUACUACUGAUUUUUAAAUGAAUGAUAAUUUAUUAUUAAGGUAACAGUUGCUAAUGUUGAUCAGCUAAUUUAAGAGAAGACCUAGCUGUGUUGGCUGGUUGCUUUCUAUUUUGGCAUUUGACCAUUUUAGUUUUAAUUCCAUGUCAGAUAAGUAUAAAUAGAAGAGUUUAAAAGAAAAGCAUGAAACAUUUCAGAAGGUAUCAGUUGUAUGAUAUUCUUUAAAUAAACACGAAAAAUGUAAAUAGUCAUGAAUGAAAAUAUAUCUUUUUGUGAAACA